GAGAGCAGGACGGACGGAAGACAAAAACAAGAAGGUAGUGAUGGGAAACACAGACAGUCACAGCAGCUUCGUCUCUGCCGCCAAACCCUCCUGCUCGCUCAGGUCCUCGUCCAGGAGGGAGGAGGUGCCGUCAGCUCGCAGCUGGAGGAGCAGCCAGGGCGGCUGCAAGAGCCGUGGGAGGAGCUGUCAGAACCAGAACUCCUCUUGGCGUUAUGAACACGGACCCAGAGGAGGCUCCAGACUGAGAGCUGCAUCUCUGGAAAGUGGCGGCAGCCCCAAAGUGCUGCUCAGCAAAGAUGGCAGCAUGAGGGUGGAGUUCACCAACAGCAAGGUCGUCCCCAUGGAGCCGCAGGGGUUAACCGGCCUCCCCACGAUCGCCACCACAGCUGCCUCCUCAGUUGCUGAAUCCCCCCUACGCACCAGUAAGGGCAGCUCGCUCAGCUCUGAUGGCUCCUGGUACGACUCGCCGUGGGGGGGCAGUGCUGAACUGGCAGACAAUGUGUUUGUUUGUGGGCAGAUGGUGGAUAACUCCACCUACUCCUCUACCCGCACAGAAGUGUCCUCCACCGGUGUCUUCAACACCUUCUUCUCAGCUCAGGUAGAGGACAUCUCACCUGGAUUUAACUCCACCCUCCUCUUCCCCGUCGCAGUUACCGAUGGGUUCAGCUCCUCCACAGGUUACAACACGUGCUCCUCUGGCCGAACGGAGGACAGCGGCAUCGGGGACUCGGUGAUCCUGCAGCCUGACCUGACAGACUUCAGCCUGGUUUCGUCCCCGGCUGCAUCACUGGACAGCAUUUCCAGCAGCCACAACACACUGCCCGCCUUCCCCACGGCACCAGACCCCCCCCGGACCGCCUCCUCCUCGACGCUGCUGGAUGACAUCAUUCAGGAGGAGGACGGUGCAGGUGGGGGGGUGGAGCAGCGUUUCUCCUCCCUCACGCUGCCUUGCCGCAGGGCAGAGUCCAUCAGCACCGCCCCUGCCACCGGGAACAAUCGCAAAGAUUUCCUGAAAAGUCGAAUCAGACGACUGAGCGACUGGACAGGAAGUCUGAACAGGAAGAAGAGACGGAUCCAGGAGCCCAGUGAUGUUUUCAUCAACGGGCUGAACUGUGAGCUGGUUGGUCGCAGCGUGGCGUCGACCUCCGACCUCCUCCGCAGUCACUGUGGCUCCAGAGGCCUGAACCAGAGCAGCGACGCCCAGCGACAGAACAUCUAUGAGAACUUCAUGCAGGAGCUGGAGACGAGCUGCAGCGAUGCAGUCGACCGGGCGGAGCUGUCGGAGGAAGAAGAGGAGCAGGAGGAGGAGAUGGAUGGAGAGGUGGAGUUGGGAGGAAUAGAGCAGCUGGACAGCUUGUUCGAGAAGGAGCAGGGUGUGGUGCGACGGGCGGGAUGGCUUUUCUUCAAAGCUCUCAUCACUGUCAACAAGGACAGGAAGCUGGAGCUGGUCUCACGCCGCAGGUGGAGGCAUUACUGGGUCACACUGAAAGGUACGCCCGCUACCUCCACGACCAAGAACCUGACGACCUGA